AUGUCGACCUCUGCCACCGCCUCCAACGCUUCCAGACUGUCCAUCUUCUCCAGACGAAGCAGCAUGGCCAAGAACUCAGACAACAAGCUCUUCUCCAGCGCCUCCUCGAUGAUGAGCACUUCGUCAAUCUCCAGCAUAGCUGCACUCAAGGCUGCCCUGCGUCGUCAGAAAGAAAACAGCUCCGAGCUGUCAAAGAAGACGACCAGAAAACAAACGACUUGCAUCUCACCCACCACGACCGAAGCUGCGAGAGCCAGUUACUUUGCUCACCGGGCGUGA